CACGAGCUUCGCAGCAAAAUGCGUACGACGGGCCAACCCAUUAGUUAUCAGGUGGGCGUGGAGUAGUUUCCCUCUCAGUAGCGAUCGACGGUGAGCGUGUGUCUCGAUGAGUUUGGUAUAUAUAUCUGGAGAUAAAUGAAACCGAGAGCAACCAGCUUCAAACUUCCGUUGGUCCCUGAAACGAGUUAGCCUGACGAGAGAGAGCAUUGGAUUUUAGUCGACGAUGAAACCAUUACAAUCAUUUUAGCCAUACUGCCGGCUUGCGAGGGCGACAUUUCGGACCUUCCGGUGGUGGCGCCAAUGAAUAAACAGUUACUAAGGGUGUCGAUUUUGACAUCUCUGUCGCAUUUAGGAAGGCCGGUAACUUUCUGGCUUCUGUAUACAGCCAACCGCCAUCGGACGGGCCGGUUUGACCCGGACCGGCCGGGUUGGCUCCUCGGUUCUAUAUAUUUGGAGACGACAUUGCUACAAGUCAAGAAACGACAUUGGUCGAACAAAGAGAGAUGUCUUGAGAGGUUGAAGAGCAAACACCCAGAAGGCAGUAUGGACGGAUUGAUUCUCCUUCCAACGCCACACAAGCUUCUCGUUUGUUUUUCGCCUGAGCUCCACUCAAGAUCCCUUCUUUACAUUCAACGCCGGGAAAUUUCGUCGGUACCCAGUUGCAGUUUUGUCUAUGGCUGUGGUGGUGGUGGGUUCGACGUUUUCUCUGUUUCUCCAGGAGGGUCGUUGGUUCCGGUGUAUGGGAGUUUCAAGAGCACGAGAAGGAGAAGAAAUUCGACGAGCCUCUUGAGAGCGAGCCGCAGGGAAUCUCCUUACGAAGUGUUGGGAGUGGCUCCUUCUGCAACUCAGGAUGAAAUCAAAAAGGCCUACAGGAAACUUGCUCUCAAGUAUCACCCUGAUGUCAAUAAGGAGGCAAAUGCUCAGGAGAAAUUUAUGAGGAUUAAACAUGCCUAUAAUACAUUACUAAGCUCUGAAUCCCGAAGAAAGUAUGAUGGUGGAACGCCAUCUUCUGGGUUUUCAUAUUCCGGUGCUGACAGAAGGAAGACGACUAGUACUGGAAAUGAAGAGGAGUUCUACGGGUUUGGUAAUUACUUUGCCUCUGCCCAUUCUGAUGCAGGGGACUUCUUCAAAGAUCUCCAAGAAGAGUACCGGAACUGGGAAUCAAGUGCACCAUCAGAUGGCAAGCCAAAGAGCUUAUGGGAAGAAUUGGCGGAAGUUGGGGAAGAAUUUGUAGAAUUCUUAGAGAAAGAGCUUAACAUAACAGACCCAGAUUUGGAACGAAACGCAAAUGAUGGUUCACGAACUGAUAACUCCUUCUCCAGUUCAAGGACGGAAGAAAGUGGAGAUGAUAGUAAAACGAAAGGGAAGGGUGGCACCAUCGAAGAUAGCAUCGAUGAAAUUGAAGCUACCCUUGCUAAGUUGAAGAAGGACUUGGGUUUAUAGCAAAGCAUUGAAAACACCUAUGUGAAGAUGUGAACGAGUCUUGACUUUUAGGAAUCGAGCAGCGAGUAGCGAGCAGUUCUUUGUCACAGUGCCACUGGUUGCCAUUUAACAACAGUUGCUCGUUGCUGAUGUCUACAUGAACUUAGAUUGAAUGCUGAUUACUGCAGAAUGUGACGUUGUUUUAG